AUAUUUACAAUAUUUUUUAAAUACCUAAGGCCGCUAACUGCACGUUGCUAGUUAGUUGCAAUAUUGUAGCUAUUAGCGCUCUUUCCUAGCUGGGAGAGAAGCCCUUUGCCUUCACUGAAACAUCAAUAUCUUCGCUUAAUUCCUUCUCUUUUUUUCAUAAAAUCUAGUUAACGGUUGUUGCGUUAUCUUCAAACUAUCUAGAAUCGUUGGCUAGCUAAUGUCUGUCAAGCUAACUUUGGUUCCAUUGGAAGCUAACGUUAGCUAUUCAGCACGAGCCAGAGUUUUAACAAUCUCAUUCCAUACAUUAGCUAGCCAGUUGCAAGCUGUCAUUUAUAAUCAUUAACUAGUUCCAUACUUUUGGUGAUAUUAUUUAACAGUUUGUAUUGUUUACUAGCUAGUCAGUCUGAAACAAAGGUGAGCAUGGCAAUGAGACAGACACCACUCACCUGCUCUGGCCAUACAAGACCUGUGGUGGAUCUAGCCUUCAGUGGAAUCACCCCAUACGGGUAUUUUCUCAUCAGUGCCUGCAAAGAUGGCAAACCCAUGUUGCGCCAGGGAGACACAGGGGACUGGAUCGGAACGUUCUUGGGUCACAAGGGUGCUGUCUGGGGGGCAACUCUGAAUAAUGAAGCCACCAAGGCAGCCACUGCUGCUGCAGACUUCACUGCGAAGGUGUGGGAUGCCGUGACUGGAGAUGAGGUCCUCACGCUGGCACACAAGCACAUUGUCAAGUCAGUCAAUUUUACUCAGGAUAGCAGUUGUCUGUUAACAGGAGGGAAUGAUAAGAUAAUACGCAUCUACGACCUCAACAAACCGGAAGCAGAACCGCAAGAGAUUACAGGGCACACGUCUGCCAUAAAGAAAGCCCUGUGGUGUAACAACGACACACAGAUCCUCUCUGCCGCUGAUGACAAAACCGUACGACUGUGGGACAGGAAUUCCACUGAGGUUGUGAAGCAGCUCUCCUUCGACAUGUCAGUCAGCAGCAUGGAGUACAUCCCUGACGGAGAAGUUUUGGUCAUCACCUAUGGAAAGACCAUUGCGUUCUACAAUGCCCUCAGCCUUGACAUGAUCAAGACUGUGGAUGCCCCUGCCUCCAUUCACUCUGCCUCGCUGCAUCCAGAUAAGGACUUCUUUGUUGCCGGGGGAGACGACUUCAAGCUCUACAAAUUUGACUACGGCACCAAGGAGGAGUUGGAGUCAUACAAGGGCCACUUUGGGCCAGUACACUGCGUGCGUUUCAGUCCAGACGGGGAGCUGUAUGCCAGUGGCUCUGAGGACGGUACGCUCCGGCUGUGGCAGACUGCGGUCGGCAAAACCUAUGGCCUGUGGAAGUGUGUCCUUCCUGAGGAGCUGGUGUCUGAGAACUCUGACACAAUAUACUGUACUCCUGCUGCUCCUGAGAUCAAGGCCUGAGAUGGAUAUUAAAGAAAGGAGAGCAGAAGGUGAAGAGAAGAGCAGGGUGUUCCAGUCUCUUCAGAACACCAAGCCCCAGCAAGGACCUGAGCCCCUCCUCUUCACCGGGAACUGAUCUGGAGUUGAGCUCCCGAUUUACACACGUGUUCAGGCAGACUCAACACACAAAUGUACACACACAAAAUGGGUUAUAGUUGAAAUUAGAACACACACACACACACACAGAGAGAUUGAGCUCCAGAGGAAAGUAGUAGACCUGUGAGCAUCAGGCUCAUCGCUGCCUGCUUUCUCUCUGAUCAGCUCAGUCUGUCUCCCCUGAUCUGUCUGUCUGUUCAACACUGUGACCCCAUGAACAAUUUUUGUUUAAAAUGUAUUGACUUUAGGGGCAAUUUGGUUCUCUGAUUUAUUUUCAUUUUCCAAUAAGGGAAUACACACACAGUUACAGGGGGGAGGGAAACUGACAGCUAUCUUUGAGAAAUUAUGUUAAUUUUCUCAAUUCAAUUAUCUUAAAUUCAGUAAAAGUGGUAUUUUGUCCAUACUUGUACCCUAAACUAGUAUAUGGGAAAUGUUCUGAAACAGGCGAGAGAGUAAAAUUACUUAAGUUGUUUGCUUUGUAUUUUUGUCCUUGGUUGCAACUUUGCAGUUAUGUAAUUUAAAUAAAGAGAGACAUACAUUAUUUUAUUUUUUAUGCACAAAAAAAGCUUUUUGUUGCAGCAAGAUAACUUAUUGUAUCAAUUAAAUGAUAGUGCUUUGCAGUGAA